AUGCCGUACGACAAAGAUACCUUACCACCGCCAUCUUACACCGAAUCCGCAUCCCACUCUCAACCACCUUCACAUUUACAACCACACACCCACCGCGGCCAAGCCCUCCUCGACCAACUCACCCUCACCCGCACAACCCACAUCCAGUCCACCAUAACCACCCACAUCAUCCCGCUCCUCUCUCAGCGCGCCGCUCUCGGCCUCGCUCGCACCACCCUCGCCCUCUUACCCUCGGACAUCCCCCUCCCGCCGCUCGAAGAAAAGUCCGAAUUUAGUUUCGGCAAUGCAUUUGGCACUACACGACCUGUAGAAGUCAUCGGGUACGCGAGCGAUGAGGAGCUGAAGACCGUGCGGUUGGAGGGCGAGAUGGACGCCACGGAGUUUUGGCGCGUGCAGGCGGUGGUGGAGGAGUUGGAGAGGGUGCUGAGGGAGAUGCUGAAUAGAGAUGUGAGAGCGGGGAGGUCGGAGUUUGAGGAGGUGUUGCCGAAAAGAAAGAUCUGGGAGAGGUUUAUGCCGGGGUUGGGAGGGGAGGGGAAGGGGAGUGCGGAGAGUGAGGUAGGGGUGAGGCAUGGGGAGAAUGCGGGACAGGUACUUGUUAAAGUCAGGCUCGAGGAGGAAUCGAAGGAUGAGAUUGAUGAGAAAAUGACUCGUAAAAUGCUGAGCACCUAA